AUCAGCAUCAGCAGCGCCAAAGAGCCGAAAAAACCAGUGGAUGGGAUCAAUGUCAAUGGCGUCCCCGCCCAAACCUCUCCACUUCCACCACUCCAACUGAUGAGAGCUGAAAACGCAAGCACGAAAUCCCUAAUCCAUUUCCUUUCUCCGAUGAUCCAAGAUCACUGAGAGCAGUCAGCAGUGAAGGCAUUGUCUGAAGAGAUUUGGAUGAGAUGUUGGCGCUCUGUGGUUGCUCUGGCUUUGUGUAUCCAUGGCGCGCUGAGAGCGCGGGGCGUGGCUGCCGUUUCUCGUGCAAGGCGAGGCGCUGGUGGCGCAUGGAGAGAGGAGGAGGAGGAGGAGUCGGUGGUGAAGUGCUGCCUAGAUUUGUUGUGGCGCGAUCUCGGGUUUCUAGUCGUAUAGGAUUGGAUUCGCAGACCUUUCAAGCUCAAGACUUAUCCCAAAUGUUAUGGGUUGGUCCUGUUCCUGGUGAUAUUGCGGAAGUUGAGGCAUACUGUAGGAUCUUCAGAGCGGCGGAACGGCUUCAUACUGUCAUAAUGGAAACGUUAUGCAGUUCCCUAACUGGAGAGUGUGUUGUUUCCUACGAUACCCCAUCUGAGGAUAUGUCUGCCUCGGAAGAGAAGGUUGUUGCUGUACUGGGAUGUAUGGUAGCUCUUCUUAAUCAAGGCCGUGAAGAUGUCCUUUCUGGUAGAUCUUCUUUCAUGAAUUCAUUUGAAAUUUCAGAUGUCAGUCUCUUAGAUGGAAAGCUUCCACCUUUGGCUGUUUUCAGAGGAGAGAUGAAAAGAUGCUGUGAGAGUCUGCAUAUUGCUCUUGAGAACUAUUUGACACCUUAUCAUGAGAGCAGCAUAACUAUCUGGAGGGGAUUGCACAGGCUAAAGAAUGUUUGUUACGAUGCUGGCUUUUCACGUGGGGAUUGCUAUCCUUGUCCGACAUUAUUUGCAAACUGGAGGCCUGUUUAUUUCUCUGGUGGGAAAGAUGACAUGGUGUUGGAAGACAGUGAGAUAGCCUUCUGGAGGGGAGGUCAGGUGACUGAUGAGGGUUUGGCUUGGUUAUUGGAAAAAGGAUUCAAGCUGAUUGUGGAUCUCAGAAAUGAAAUAGUCAGGGAUGAAUGCUACCAGUCUGCCAUUGAACAGGCUGUUUCAUCUGGAAAAAUAGAGGUGAUAAACUUGCCUGUUGAAGUUGGAACUGCUCCUUCAAUGGAACAGGUUGAGCAAUUUGCUUCAUUUGUGUUGGAUUCCAGUAGGAGACCCCUGUAUCUACAUAGCCAGGAAGGGGUUGGUAGAACUUCUGCAAUGAUUUCAAGAUGGAGGCAAUACACUACUCGGACUGUAAGGCAUGCCGGGACAAACAGCUCAAAUAACAGUAAACCUACAAAUAACACUAAAAGUCUGGAAACUUUGGAUUUGGAGACCAUUGUUCUUCAGAAUUCAAAAGGAAACAACUCAGACAACAAAAACCAUUCAGAAUUUCAUUCAGUUAAUACACUCCAUCCCAGAUACAAAGAAGAGGGCAUCCCAGCCACUCAAAAGGAAUGUCACACUAACAAAGCAACUCAUAAGCUUGAGUCUGUCAGAAAUAUUACAGCAAGUGGUGUAACUAGUAAUGCUGAGGUAGAAUCUGUUUCAGAUUUUUCUGUUGUAAGUAAUUCACUUAAAGCACAGCUUCCUGUGCGUGAUAUCUUCUCCAAGAAAGAAAUGGCUCAAUUUUUCAAAGGUAGAAAAGUCUCACCCACAACAUAUUUUCAUGCUCAGCGGAAAAGAUUUGCUGAAUUAUUUGCCAAUGCAAGAAAGGAGCAGAAAGUGGUGUUUCCAGACAAUGAAACACUUUUAGGUAACCCGCUAUCAAAUCCAAUGCAGCCAGGGAUCUCUAAUGGGAGAUCUACUGAUCGUCUCUCCCCCAGAACAAGCACUGACAUAGUUAGCAAUGGAAACAUCAGCAGUGGAAGUUUUGUUUCUUGUGAUUUAAGCUUAAAUGGUUUACAAGUGGUAAAAACAACCAAUGUUGCCAUUGGAACAGAGACCUUAAGUGGUUCUGGUAGCAAUUCCAGUAAUCCUGCUCUAUCUUCCAUAAGACAAGACAAUAAAACAAAGACUGAAAAUGGCUUCAUUAACUCAGCUAGUGAUAGCUCGGAUCUUGUUGAGGUAGAUAUGUGUGCUUCUGCAACUGGUGUUGUCAGAGUUCAGUCUAGGAGGAAAGCAGAGAUGUUUUUAGUCAGAACUGAUGGAUUUUCUUGCACAAGGGAAAAGGUAACAGAAUCAUCUUUAGCAUUUACUCAUCCAAGCACCCAGCAGCAAAUGCUCAUGUGGAAAUCACCUCCAAAGACCAUAUUAUUAUUGAAAAAAUUAGGUGAUGAGCUCUUGGAAGAAGCUAAGGAGGUUGCAUCAUUCCUAUUUUAUCAAGAGAAAAUGAAUGUCCUUGUAGAACCUGAUGUGCAUGACAUAUUUGCAAGGAUUCCUGGAUUUGGUUUCGUUCAGACCUUUUAUAGUCAAGAUACAAGUGACCUUCAUGACAGAGUUGACUUUGUUGCAUGUCUGGGAGGUGAUGGGGUCAUCCUGCAUGCGUCAAACUUGUUUAGAGGUGCAGUUCCUCCUGUGGUCUCCUUUAAUCUUGGAUCUCUUGGAUUUCUCACAUCACAUAUUUUUGAAGAAUAUAGACAGGAUUUGAGGGCAGUCAUUCAUGGAAACAACACAAGGGAUGGAGUUUAUAUAACUCUUAGAAUGCGGCUGAGAUGUGAAAUUUUUCGAAAAGGAAAGGCUGUGCCUGGAAAAGUAUUUGAUGUUGUAAAUGAAGUUGUAGUGGAUCGUGGCUCUAACCCUUAUCUUGCAAAAAUUGAAUGUUAUGAACACACUCGCCUCAUAACGAAAGUGCAAGGAGAUGGGGUUAUAGUUGCCACUCCUACAGGAAGCACAGCAUACUCAACUGCUGCAGGGGGGUCAAUGGUGCAUCCCAAUGUCCCAUGUAUGCUCUUUACACCAAUUUGCCCGCAUUCUUUGUCAUUUAGACCUGUAAUUCUACCAGAUUCUGCCCAGCUUGAGUUAAAGAUCCCAGAAGACGCGCGAAGCAACGCAUGGGUUUCUUUUGACGGCAAAAGAAGACAGCAACUCUCUAGAGGAGAUUCAGUUCGUAUAUCGAUGAGCCAACAUCCUCUUCCAACAGUUAACAAAUUCGAUCAAACAGGUGAUUGGUUUCGUAGCUUAAUUCGUUGUUUGAAUUGGAACGAAAGACGUGAUCAGAAAGCCUUAUGAUUAGAAAUAUGCACACGUUCGUCGUCGUCUCUUAGAAAACAUUAUACAUCACAAAUAUCAUCAUGACAUUCUUACCAAAUUUUGAAUAUCAGACAUGUCAAGAAACUUCACAUACACAGAAAAGCACAUUUUGAGUUCAUAUCA